CACGGUGUCAAACGAAUCCGUCAAACUGUCCAGGAUCGCGAAGCCAAACGGCAACGUGAACAAUCCAAGAUCAAGGACUACCUUUCGCUAACGAAUGUCAUUCUAAGCAGGAAGAAAAACAAGGAUUGGUCUGAGGACGCGUUUAAUCUUACCACGCGUAUUCUUCAACUGAACCCCGAAUUCUACACCACUUGGAAUUACCGCCGAAAUAUCUUCGCAUACAUUAAUUUCACCAGUUCACACCAGGGCAUUCUGAAAAUUCUGUCGGAAGAUCUGUCUAUGACAAUGACUGCCCUGAAAGCUCAUCCCAAGGUUUAUUGGAUUUGGAAUCAUCGAAGAUGGUGUCUCGAGAAUAUACCAGACGUACCAGAAUCCGACACAGAUGAUAACGCCUGGAAAAAGGAAGCUUGGGAUAGGGAGUUAUUUGUCGUCGAGAAAAUGCUGGAUUCAGACCCAAGAAAUUUUCACGCGUGGGAUUACCGAAGAUACAUCCUUGCGAACAUGCCGAUACCUCGACCACCAGCGACCGAACUAGCCUACACCUCACGAAAAAUUGAGUCCAACUUUUCAAACUUCAGUGCAUGGCACCAGCGAUCUAAGGUGUUGUCCUCGCUUUGGGAGAGUGGGGAUCUGGAUGAAAGCAACAACAUUUGGUGUGCAGAGUUUGAACUUAUCCGUAAUGCGAUGUAUACGGACCCAAACGACCAAAGUGUGUGGAUGUACCACCGGUGGCUUGUUGGGUCAAGUAAGAGCUGUCUUUUAGUCAUUGCGCAUCACCUGAUAGCAAGUGUACGUGAAUGUCAUUGUCGUUUAUCUAGCGACAACAUCAACGUUUUCAACAUAGGGUGCAUGGAGUCGAUCGUCUGCUACAAGCGAAUGCUAAUAAAGGACCACGCCACUGACGUUGACCUGGCGAUGUUGACAAGAGAAUGCAACAACAUGCUGCAGCAACUUCAAGAAUUGGAUCCGCUUAGACGUAGGCGAUAUGAAGACCUUGUAAGUACUUUGUUGAAAUGA